GCUCGCGGGCACUGUACUCCUGCCACAGACGUCUUUCUGAAAUGUCAUCCGCUCGUAAGGCUCUUCCACGAGCAGUGGCUCACUGACCCCUCUGGGGCACUACAGUACGAAGCUGGCCUCCGUGACCCCGCUUGCAGACCACGCCCUUCCAGCCUGGUGCCAGCCUGCUCCCCCGCCCUCCGCCCCACGGCUGGGUCUUCAGCCCCCUCUUCCCUCUCCCUGCGGGGCCUCCGCUCACGUCUGUCCCUCCGUCUAGCUAGAUGAACUCCUACUAGUCCUUCAGUGCCUCUGGACACAGCGGAUCCACCAGGCUUCCGAGCUGCCCCCUCCAGGGCCUCCCUGGAGAAACCUCGAUCACGGCACUCACAAGUGAGGACUGCAAAGCCUUUAUCUUCCGGUACACCUUCCACACUAGGAGGUGACCAACAGCAGUUGCUAAAGUCUUGGUUGAUUCUACAGGAGGAGCUGAUGGCUCCAGACUGACAAGCGUGAGAGCUGACACACAGGCGGGGAUCUUAAGGAAAACUUCACACAGAGUUGGUGUCCUGUGAAGUGGAACUUGCAGGAUGCACAGACGCACCGCAGCGAGGAAUAACGUGCAAAGACGAGAGACUAAUGAUGUGAGAGGCCCGCCAGUUGCAGGAGCAUUUAAAGAAAGACCAACGAAGCCCACAGCAUUUCGAAAAUUUUAUGAGCGAGGAGAUUUCCCAAUUGCCCUUGAGCAUGAUUCGAAAGGAAACAAAAUCGCGUGGAAGGUAGAAAUUGAGAAGCUGGAUUACCAUCAUUAUUUGCCUCUGUUUUUUGAGGGGCUCUGUGAAAUGACAUUUCCCUACGAGUUUUUUGCCCGGCAAGGAAUCCACGACAUGCUGGAACACGGGGGGAACAAGAUUCUUCCUGUCAUUCCACAGCUCAUUAUCCCGAUAAAAAAUGCCUUGAAUCUUCGAAACCGACAGGUCAUUUGCGUCACCCUCAAAGUCCUCCAACAUCUGGCUGUGUCAGCUGAGAUGGUGGGUGAAGCUUUGGUGCCCUAUUACCGUCAAAUCCUCCCCAUCCUGAACAUCUUUAAGAAUAUGAAUGUUAACUCGGGAGACGGCAUCGACUACAGCCAGCAGAAGAGGGAGAACAUCGGUGACCUGAUCCAGGAGACGCUGGAGGUCCUGGAGCGCUACGGAGGAGAAGACGCCUUCAUCAACAUCAAGUACAUGGUCCCCACCUACGAGUCGUGCUUGCUGAACUAGAGGCAGGAACAGCUGGGAUGGGGGAGGGCUUGCCUUAGUGCCCAGAUCAUCUGUCUCUGCUGCUUUUAGCAUCUCAUUACUUGUGACUUCUACAGCUUUCUUUUCUACAGCUGCUAAAAUAGUGGCUCAUGGGCCGUUGGACCAUUAGCCCCAUUGAGAGCAAAGUUUUCCAAUACAUAAAUAGUGCCUGUUUCUUAGA